AGCUGUCCAACUUAUACACACCAGACCUAUAGCACAGAAGGCACAGUCCAUUCCACAGUUGUUGAACUGAUUACUGACAUUUUGUGGAAGUUGUAGAAAUUGUGAAGUUUUUUACAUGUGAGACACUCAACCAUGGAUAAAACCUACGGGAAACCAGAUGAGCUGCUGAAAGGACAGGACCAGUUUCAGAUGCUUCCGCCCGGCCUCAGGCACAACAAUGAUUUGUAUUUACCGGAAGAAGACAACAGCCUAUAUUUUACCUAUUCUGGAGCUACAAACGUCCUGGAGGUGAAAGAUCUUACUUACCAGGUUAAUUUAGAUGCCCAGAUCCCAUGGUACGAGAAGUUGGCCGAAUUUAAAAUGCCCUGGGAAUGGAAUAAAGACGGCAAAAUCUCAGCUAUGAAAAAUAUAAAUGUGAAAGUGACCAGCGGGCAGAUGUUGGCUGUAAUAGGAAACACAGGGUGCGGGAAGACAUCUUUGCUUGACAUCAUUACAUGUAAGGACGAAGGAGGAAAGAUCAAAUCUGGGCAGAUCCUAAUUAAUGGAAAGGUCAGCACAAAACAUAGAGUAAAGAAGUGUGUGGCACAUGUGUGUCAGGAUGAUCAACUUCUACCUCACCUAACUGUGCGAGAAACUUUGACCUUCAUUGCCAAACUUCGCCUUCCAAAGUCAUAUUCAGAAGAGCAAAGACGAAGAAGGGUAGAAGAUGUCAUAGCAGAAUUAAGGCUUCGGCAGUGUGCAAACACCAAAGUGGGGAACACAUACACUAGGGGAGUUUCUGGGGGGGAACGUAGAAGAGUGAGCAUUGGCGUACAGCUUCUUUGGAACCCAGGUAUACUUAUACUUGAUGAGCCAACAUCUGGACUGGACAGCUUCACAGCACACAACCUUGUGAUAACCCUGUCCAGGCUGGCCAGAGGAAAUCGACUGGUUCUGCUGUCAAUUCACCAGCCCCGUUCUGACAUAUUCCAGCUCUUUGAUUUAGUCCUCCUUCUGUCAUCUGGGGCCACAAUCUAUUCGGGGACAGCCAAAGACAUGGUGGAAUAUUUCUCCUCUAUUGGGUACCCAUGCCCCAGAUACAGCAACCCUGCAGACUUUUAUGUUGAUCUGACCAGCAUUGAUCAGAGGAACAAAGAGCGGGAAGCUGAAUCUUUGGAAAGAACAAGUUCACUGGCUGAAAUAUUCUGGGAAAAAGUCAAGAACUCUGAUGACUUCCUCUGGAAACCUCUUGAGGAAUCAAAUAAAAAUAACACACCUUCCAGUAUCAACCUACCUGUCUCUGUGCAUGAAAAAGCAAUUAACAUAGACACCCGUGAUAUGAAUCAACUGCCUCGAGGACUGCACCAAUUUUCUGUUUUAAUCAGGCGGCAUGUAUCCAAUGAUUUGCGGGACCUUAGCACAUUACUGAUCCAUGGGUUUGAGGCGCUAGUAAUGGCAUUGCUGAUUGGGUUUCUAUAUUACGGACAAGGAAAGAACCAACUUUCCAUACAGGACUCAAUCGCGCUCCUGUUUAUGAAAGGCUCACUGACCCCCUUUGCUGUGGUUUUAGAUGUUGUUGCCAAAUGCCAUUCCGAACGAGCCAUGCUUUACCAUGACCUGGAAGAUGGGCUUUAUUCCGUCACGCCAUAUUUUUUUGCUAAGGUGAUUGGGGAACUUCCAGAACACUUUGCUUUUGUGAUUUUCUAUGGCGUUCCUAUCUACUGGCUGGCCAACCUCAACCCCCAACCAGAAUGUUUCCUGUUGAAUUUUGCGCUGUUGUUUCUUAUUGUAUACUGUAGCCGGGCCAUGGCCCUGUGGAUGUCUGCUUUACUCCCAACACUCCAGAUGUCUUCCUUUCUCAGCAAUGCUAUAUUUACCUCAUCCUACUUGACUGGUGGAUUUAUUAUCAGAUUGGAAAACCUUUGGACAGUCCCCUAUUGGAUCUCUUAUGUCUCUUUCCUCCGUUGGGGCUUUGAAGGACUAAUGCAGGUUCAGUUUACCGAUCUCAGUUAUAAAGUGCCAGUUGGAAACAUUACCAUCACAAUUCCAGGACAGGUGAUUAUCUCUAAUAUGGAAAUGGACAGCCAUCCGCUAUAUGCAUGUUACCUGGUUCUUAUUGGGAUCAUCGCUGGUUUUCUAGUCUUAUACUACCUCUCACUGAAGUUCAUCAAACAAAAAUCCCAUCAAGAAUGGUAACAUCCAACUCGAGAUAAGAUUGUGCCAUUAGAUCAUGUACAGCGCCUGGGUGUUCGGCCCAAUGAAAUGGUUAAUGAAUGGAUGUUUGCUAACGUGAAGUGGAAAAGUAAAUAUUCUAUAGAUGGCCAUUAUAUUCUGAAAGACUUCUCUUUGGGCAACUUUAGUCUCGGCUUUAGGUUUCUAAUGAUCAAACUGUAGAGAUGGAGGUAGAUGAUAAGGAUACCGGCCACCAUUAAAUUCCUCUCCUGUGGUAUCCGAAAAUUUGCUAGACAUACCUGAACUUGGUGAUGUUUCACUAGUCCAAGCUUCCAUAGACCAUGAUCUUAUUUUGUAGGCUAUCCAUGAAUAGCACAAGAACGUUGAUGAUAUACUGGUCUGAUGAUGGAAAUAUAAUACUGCUCAAUGUUUAUGCACAACU